AUGGCUGCCACCCUGAUGAGACCUCCCACUGGGACUGGCGAGUCCUGGCCCAUGAUCCUGAGCCUCCUCCUCCUGCUCCUGCCCUUCCUGCCUCCCACCCAGGUUGCAGCCACGGCCCGCAGGCACCCUGCCAGAGAGGGGGUCGCCAUUAGCCGUGAUGUGGCCUGUGGCCAGCGUCAUGUGCAGGGGAAAAUCAUAGGAGGUGUGGAUGCCCUCGAGGGAAAGUGGCCAUGGCAGGUCAGUGUGCACUAUGCAGGCUUCCACAUCUGUGGUGGGUCCAUCAUUGAUGAGUACUGGGUCCUGUCUGCAGCACACUGCUUUGAGAGGGACAAGAAUACUGAGGCAUUUGAUAUGUAUGUGGGCCUUGUGAAUCUCGGGGUUGCAGGCCAUCACACCCAGUGGUUUGAGGUGAAUAAGGUGAUCAUACACCCCGCAUACGAAGUGUACCACCCUGUUGGAGGUGACAUCGCUCUGGUGCAGUUGAAAAGCCGCAUUGUGUUUUCCGACUCUGUGCUUCCAAUCUGCAUUGCACCCCCAGAUGUGAAUCUCUGGAACCUUUCUUGCUGGGCUACAGGAUGGGGAUCCAUCUCUCAACAAGGUGACACUUCAGACAAGCUGCAGGAGGCACAGAUGCCUCUGAUCCCAUCGCCCCUGUGCCAGCUGCUUUAUGGACACACAUCAUAUAUUCUGCCAGACAUGCUCUGUGCUGGAGACCUCAGAAACAUGAAGACUGUGUGUGAGGGUGACUCUGGGGGCCCUCUUGUCUGUGAAUUCAACCACACCUGGAUUCAAGUUGGAGUAGUGAGCUGGGGACGUGGUUGCACAUACCCUAUGUAUCCUGCAGUUUAUGCCCAAGUCUCCUAUUUCUCAAAAUGGAUUCAUUAUCACAUAGAAAACACACCCUUACCUCAUCAGCCACUCCCCACCAUCUCCUCUAUUCUGGGGGUCACCAUCAGUGUCCUUGUUACCUCGCUGGCUGUCUCAUCAAUGUUGUAA